AUGAAGCUUUACCACUUGCCAAUUGAGAUCCUUGCCAAAGUGCUCCCAAUACAAGAUCACUUGCUCAAAUUACCCGAAGGUACAAUUAUAUCCUGGCUUAACUUACUACCACAAAGACAGAGGUUCAUCCUUUUAGCUGAGAGUGGAAUUGGAGUGGGCGAGGAACACUUUGGACCUGGUGUUUUGUAUACGACGUUAUCAGGAAGAAAAUUUUAUGUAAGAAAGCUUUUGGGUAUCUAUUUUUAUAUCAAUGCAUUGAGAGAGAGGUUCGUACCUUUACUAUAUAUCAAUUUUGGCGGCACUUUGAAAUUUAAGUACCAGAGAAACAUGAUCGUAUUUAGCUUUGAUCAAGUGAAGGACCUCAUGAUGGAGUAUUACUGCAUUCUCCCAUUUUUGAAGACCUGUGCGGGCCCUGACGGCAGUAUAGUCCUUGGAAGCAUCCCAUUUUUAACAGUUGGGGAAGAGUUUUUGUGGCAGCGUCUGGCAGUCUUCUCUGCACCAUCAUUAAAUGACGAAUUGGACAAGCUUCACUCUCAAAUUUUAUUGGGAGGUGAUAUUGUUGCUGAAACGAUGAAAUUAAUACGAAGCUAUACUCUCAUAAAUUUAGUGGAGGUAGAAUUAAAUUUAACAGUGCAAGAGUAUGUGGAAUUUAAACACAAUAUUGCUAGAUUCGACUCUGCCCUUUUGCUACGUCCGAUAAAGUUAUGGGUGGACUUGACUUUUGAUGACGUUUCCGUACAAAAAUUGCAAGGAAACAACGCCGAGAAUGAGAUUGGUGAAGAUUUUCCAAUCGGAUGGAUAACUGAAGUUUUCAUGAUUACAUUUGUUAAGUCAUUUGUCCUACAUUAUCAACAUAUAACCAGCAGAUUUUCAAAAAUCCCAGACCUACUAGGUAGAAUGCCACUACUCGAACAAGUUGUUCUAAGUUUUGGAGAAUUGGAUAUUGAAAAUGUUUCAAAAUUGAUGAAAAAGAGACAACCAUGUCGCAUUCAGAUUAAUGUGUCACUAGGAUGCUACUUGGUACAUCUCGACCAGAUACGUAAGGAGCAGUGGCGAAUCCGUCUAAUAGAUGACUAUGCAUUACUAGAGUAUACCAAAGACAAGUCACGACGGGCAGAUACAUUGAAGUGGAUGAAGGUGAAAGUGAAACGAUUCAAAAAGCACGGAUUCGCAUUUAAUCGGAAGCAAAGGUGA